AUGCGUGCUUAUCACUACUGUUUGUGUCUUUUGGUAUUCGUUGUUAUCACCAAUGCAAGACACAUUGAACAAGCAUCUAACAAUGAUUCAGACGAAGAUGCAUAUGUUCCAAAUAAGUAUCAUAGACCUCAUGUUUAUCGAUCGAAUUUUCUCGAACAUUAUUUACUUAACUUGAUCGCUGGCAAAGGUCAUGACGACGAUCGUUAUGAUCAAACAGGGCCAUUUGAAAGGCGAAGCAAAGCUAUUACAAAAGGUGAUCCGCGAGAAUUUAUGGGCUAA